GUGUUGACUAGCGUUUUCCAUUAUUGCAGUUACCUUCUACAACAUUCAGGUGAACUUUUCUGUUACCCAUGAACCCCAGACACCUCCUGAUUAUUAUGAUGUAAGGAACGUUACUGAAACCUGGCUUAAUGACAGAUUGUCUGGCACUGAAUUUGUUGUUACAAAUUACAAGAUAAAGACAGUAGGCAGGGCUUUGACAGAAGGACGUGUCCAGAAGAAGGCUCAGAUGGAGAUAAAGCAGAACUCCCGAAGCUAUGGCUCCAAAGCCAUUGUAAAGGUCGAAUCUUCUGAAACACAAGAAGAACUGACUGAGAAGAUAAGACAGCUGUUGACUGGCAUGCAUGUGGGGAGACGACUGUCGUUCUCAUUGGAACUUGACAAUGUGACUGUUGCCCCAAUAGAUCCAGGAAACUGCCCAGGAAACCCCACACAUUCAGAAUACAAAGGGACCUACCUGUGGCCACUGACUACUGCUUCUGGCAAAACUGAACUCAACUGCAUAAAAAAUCCUCAACAAUUGGCCAAUAGGCAUUGUAGAAUCAAUAUUGAGCAUGAGAAAGCUCGUUGGAAAAGACCAGAUCUGUCUGUAUGCAAAUUACUGAAAGAACUUCCAAAUAAUAUUCUGGAUCUUAAAUAUAUCACCAUAACAGAAGAGAAUGCACAGGAUGUUGCAGAGCACAUUUUAAAUCUGAUUGUAAACUUUACACAACUGGAGGCAGAAGAAAUGAAGAUCAUCAUAGAUACAACUGCUGACUUUGCAAACUGUAGUGAGAUAAGCAUGACGCUGGCAAAGACCACACUAGAAAUACUGAAAAUUGUUUUGCUGAAACAAAAUAAUAUGCAAAGUUUGCACAAAGUGACCAACAAGGUCUUAAGGACAAUUGAACAGAUAGGUUACAGAAUGACCUAUCCUGGGAGGAAUGCAUCGAUAAUAACAGCAGCCCUGGCUUUGGUUGUGAUGCAUCCAGAUCCUAGCAGUUUCCAAGGACUGGCGUUUGGGGUUACCUCAUAUAAGGAAGACACGGAUCCAAAGAUUGAUAUACAAGAAACACCCUUUCAAAAGGCCAUGGCCUCUGUGUUUUUGCCAAGAUUAAUGAGGGAAUACUUGGGGAUCCAUUCUUUUGAUCCAGAAGAUCAUCCGAAGAUCCAGUUUACUUUCUUUGGCACAACUUCACUCUUUGUGGGUGGCAAUUCUGAGAAUGAAAUGUUGAACUCUUACGUUGUGAGCGCCAGCAUUGAAAACGUAUCCAUUCAGAACCUCAAAGAGCCAGUCAAUAUUAUUUUAGAGCAUAGAAAGCAAAAUGUGGACAAUGCUACAGUGCGCUGUGUGUUUUGGGACUUUAUGAAGAACAAUGGACUAGGUGGUUGGAAUACAUCUGGGUGUGAAGUGAAAUACACGGAUAUGAAUUAUACAAUCUGUUAUUGUAACCAUCUUACCCAUUUUGGAAUCCUGAUGGACUUAUCCCGGACUGGAGUAGAUUCUGUGAAUACCCGUAUAUUAACUCUGAUAAGCCAUGCAGGAUGUGGUGCCUCUUCCCUUUUCCUAGGGAUAGUAUUGGUGAUAUACCUUGCACUUGACAAGCUUCAGAGAGAUUAUCCUUCCAAAAUCCUGAUCAACCUCUGUGCUGCACUGCUGAUGCUGAACCUGCUAUUCCUGGUCAAUUCCUGGCUGUCAUCAUUUAAUAACCACAGCCUUUGUAUCACAGUAGCUGUGCUCCUUCACUACUUCCUGCUUGUAGCCAUCACGUGGAUGGGUUUGGAAUCUGUUCACAUGUACUUAGCUCUCGUCAGAGUCUUCAAUAUAUACAUUCCACACUACAUCCUAAAAUUUUGCAUUGCUGGGUGGGGACUACCAGCUGUUGUGGUUGCUCUCAUACUCAUCAUAAAAAAAGACUUUUAUGUCAAUAUAUCACCGUCUGAAAGCAACAGCCCAUUCACUGAUUUCUGUUGGAUUCAAAAUGAUGUCAUCUUUUACAUCUCUGUUGUGGCCUACUUCUGCUUCAUAUUUUUGAUAAACACAGUGGUAUUCAUUGCUGUUCUUGUUCAAAUCCAUUUCAUGAAAUCAAAGACAAGAACAAGGUCCAAGGACUGGAAGCAGGGCUUUCUCCAUGACCUGAAAGGCACCAUGAGCUUAACUGUCUUGCUUGGUUUAACGUGGGGCUUUGCCUUGUUUGCCUGGGGACCAGUAAAGAUUUGUUUCCUGUAUCUCUUCACCAUUUGUAACACACUGCAAGGGGUCUUCAUCUUUGUGUAUCACUGCCUCAUGAAGGAGAACGUGAGGAAGCAGUGCCGUGUACACUUCUGCUGGGGAAGGUUUCGACUGAAUAAUUAUUCUGACUGGAGUGGGUCAGGGUCAGGAUAUAAGCCAAGAAAUUUAGAGGAUAAGUUAUUCUUCCAUUCCUUGAAGUCAACUAAGUCAAUGAAAUCUAAUAGAACAAGCUCAACUUUCAAUGGCUCCAGCUGCCUACAGGGGACUUCUUUGGACAUGAACUUCAGAAUAGAUGAGGUGCAUUACAAUUCAGAUGCUCUAAUGCCACCUGAUCGUGAGGCCAGAUGUCCUUGGACAAGAAGAGUAUCACCCGUGGAUGUACAACUGCACUGUACUCAGAAGUCUAGGUUCUUACAGUGACACUCAAUCUAGUUAUCUCUGAUACACUGAUGACUGUCUUGUUUUGUGCCGUGUACAAAUUAAUGCUGAUAUCCAUAUUUAUUUUAAUGAUAUAAUUAGCAUUCUGAAGAUGGUUACAGGGCUAAAGUCUUCUUUGAGUCAUGUUGAUGCAACCCCAUUAACUUUAGUGGGUUCAUGGUACAUGUAUGGAGAAAUUAGCAUACCAAUGUGGGUAAGAUUUUAUGAAAUUUGGCCCCUGUUGGUUAGUGUUCAUUUGACAACGGUAUGCUGCUGGAGGUCGGCAUAUUAUACAAAGAUCUCUUAAUUAUUUUUGCAACUGGUAUACUAAUUAACUGGCAUCAAGACAUUCAAAUCAGAUCCAGAUAUAAAUGCUAUGUUUAAUUUACAUUUAACAAAAUAAAGAACACACGAAAAACA